AUGGUCUACUUCAUCGACAACACCGAUGCCAUGAAAGGCCGAUACCAAAAGAAGAACGUGUGGCACCCAGAGUGGACACAUGUCAAGGGCUCACAGCAUGUCCCGCAUGUUGCCUUCGACACGCCACUAGGAAAGGUCGGGGUGUUGAUUUGCUGGGACGUUGCGUUCCCGGAAGGAUUCCGCAACCUGAUAAGCCAAAGGGUGAAACUCAUUGCGGUGCUAGACUUUUGGAAGCUCACCAACUGUGCGCCGCAGGGAAUUGCGCACAACCGGUAUGCAGAGAAGCUCUGGUCCUUCUCGCGGCGGCGCUUCUCAGCCGGGCAUGCGACAAUACCUGCGCUGUGGUCUUUUGCAAUGCAGGCGGUCCAGCUGAAGAGGGAGGGAAUGAAGAUCAUUGAUUUGGAUAUGGCAAUCUUGAACAAUGCCGCAUCCUUGUAUAGGGCCCAUCAAGGCAUGGCUCGACCUGAUUGGCACUAA